CUACUUCUGAAGUAUGUGGGACUAAAGCUGCCUCUUCCUGCUCGUGCUCAUGUGACUUCUCAGGAGCACAAAGUGUGUGGUUUUAAGUUUUAAACUAGGGGAAGCCUAGGAGAGGCAGCAGCAGUGAACCUUCCCUACAGCCAUCCCGAGGACCAUUCCAGCCCAGUCAUGAAGAAAGCAUUAGUGGUGCUGCCAAUACUUGUCUUCUCUGCCGUAAUUUGGAGCUACUACAGCAGUAUAAUGAAUAGGAAAUUGGUAGAUGUCAGCAGAUACCCAGGCCACGGCACCACAGAAACUUCCCUCAUCCACCCGACCAGCCAUGCCUCCCAGAACACAGUCCGAACGGAAGCAACAGACAGCUACGCCACUGCCUCCAGCUGGCAAAUAACUCAGGCAACCCUGAAAACGAUAGCCACUCACUCUACCGGGACAAGCGCGCGGUCAUCUGGUCUGACAACCCUCACUGACGGAACUACUAAGGUCCUGCAAGACAGCACCCAAACCACAACCAUGGGGAAUACAGACACCCCAGCUCCUCCUGGGUCAUCCACCACCACACCUAGCACAGAGUGGUCAAGCACACCCAUGGCCCAGACAACCAUGUCGACUGGGUCAACAGCUAGUCGCACAACCUUAGGAAUGGCUCCAGUAUCGACCCCGCCGGACAACCAGACCUCCCUGACAACACCUAGGACCACAAUCCCAGCCAAGGGAAAGACCACCCAGGUUAUCAGCAUUACAACCACACACCAUGUCACCGCCACAAUUUCAUCAACCAUGACAACUGUGGGGCCCACUCUUGUCCCUCAGCCAUCAUCCCCUCAAACCGGGACCUAUCUGGUUUACAAUGGAAGUAGGGCAUGCAUGAAAGCUGACAUGGGAGUGCAGCUGCUCAUUCAGGACAAGAAGACGUAUCAGUCAUCUCAAAUGUACUUCAAUCUCGACCCCAAUGUGACUCGAGCAUCAGGGAGUUGUGGUCCCCAGAGAAGCAACCUUCUCCUGACUUUCCCAGGUGGAUCUGUGAACUUGACCUUCGUGAAGGUAAAACAGUCAUAUCACAUAGAAAUGGUGGAGGCCUCUUUGACUAUUUCAGCCUCGGCGAAAGUCUACAGUGGCCAGAAAGGUGGGCUGACUAUGUUUGAGACCAAGGUGGGGCACUCCUUCAAGUGUGUCAGUGAACAGAGUGUUGAGUUGUCAUCCCAUCUCCAGUUGCACACCGUUAAUGUCCAACUCCAAGCCUUUGAUUUUGAUGGCGAACACUUUGGGAAUGUGAUCGAGUGUACAUCUGACUACACAAUUAUGAUUCCAGUGAUCGUCGUGAUAGUCAUUCCUCUCUGCAUCCUAGUCUUGGUUUUCUUCGGAAUUCGUCUGAGGAGAAAAUCCUUGGGGUACCAGAGGAUCUAGUCGGUAUAAGGAAUCCCAGAAGAAAUGAAAGGGUUUGGAAUUCUUUUAUCAUCUCCAGACCUUAAGGAAUUCCUUUGUAGUAUGUGCUUAAAGUAACGUUCAUUGCUGUGGUCUCAAACUCCAGCAUUUCCCAAAUUUAUCCAAGCUAAAUGUUCAUGGUUUGGUGCGGGGAGAGGGAGAGAGGAGGGGGGAAGGUGCUAGAGUGACAAGAUUUAAUUGGUUAUUGAAGGGCACUAAUUGGUUUCCCCAGUAAGAGGCAUUCCAUCCAAAGGAAACAAGAGCACUAAAAUAACAAAGUGCUUUCUGAAAUGGAACAAGCCUUUGCACCUGUCCAUCACACAGCUGGCUGUUAAAGGGGCCUGCACUGUUUGUUGUUAGUUUUUAUCAUUUGUUCGGGAGAUGUGGCCUCCUUGGCCAAAAGUUAGACUUUCUUUUUUGUCUUUGACAUUAUCAAGGUAUUUUCCUACUCUGGGCUUCAGUUUUCUCAUCUAUAAAAUGGGAGGAUUAGUCUCCUGGCCUCUGGUCCCUUCCAGCUCUAAAUUCAUGAACCUAUGACCUCUCUGGGCCUCAGUUCCCUUGGGGGGGGUGGAUUCCAUAGCUUCCAGCUCUAGAUCUGUGUUCCUUUGAACUCUGCCAAGAAGAAUGCAAAGGCAGUGCUUUUGCUGGCUCUUUAUUUUGUGCUGUGAGCGUGCUAGUUGGUAUCUCAGAAUUUUGAUGUAAGGUGGUAAAAGUAAAAAAAAAUUAAUGUCUGUAUCUUUUAUAUGCAUUUAUAUAAAUGUUUGUUUUUCAUCUUUCGAUCCC